AUGGGGCAGCACUUCACUAAUGAGGAUGGGGAACAACCUGAGAUUGAUGUGGCUGAACUGCAAGAAUGGUAUAAAAAAUUCGUGGUGGAGUGUCCGAGUGGGACUCUCUUCAUGCAUGAAUUCAAACGCUUCUUUGGGGUACAGAACAACCAGCAGGCGGAGAGCUACGUGGAGAAUAUGUUCAGAGCUUUCGAUAAGAAUGGGGAUAACACCAUUGACUUCCUAGAAUAUGUGGCUGCCUUGAAUCUUGUUUUGCGAGGAAAGUUGGAACACAAACUAAAAUGGACCUUCAAAGUAUAUGAUAAAGACGGGAAUGGUUGCAUAGACAAAAAUGAGCUUUUAGAAAUAGUUGAGGCUAUUUACAAACUAAAGCAAAUAUGCCAGCCUGAAGAUGGAACAGAGGCCCCCCAUCUCACUCCAGAUGAAGUUGUCGACAGGAUAUUUCAAUUAGUGGAUGAAAAUGGAGAUGGGCAGUUGUCUCUGGAUGAAUUCAUGGAUGGAGCACGGAGAGACAAAUGGGUGAUGAAGAUGUUACAUAUGGAUAUGAAUCCAGGAGGAUGGAUUGUUGCACAAAGGAAAAAUUCACUGUUUUAAUAACUGCCUACAUAACUUGGG